CCCACUUUCUCCUUUGGCAAGUGAAGGCUAAGCACCCAAAAUGGAACCUCAGAGUCCUUGGUUCCUGCUGAUUCUCUUUAUCCUAGGCCUGUGCACUGGAGUUGAAGGGGAGAAACCAUCUGCAUGUCAGUGUUCAAGACUGGACCCAAAGAACAGAAAGAACUGUGGAUUCCCAGGGAUUUCUGGUGAAGAAUGCUUUGCUUCUGGAUGUUGUUUUGAUACUCAGGUUCCUGGAGUUCCCUGGUGUUUCACUCCUCUGCCAAAGGAAGAGUCUGAAGAGUGUGUCAUGGAAGUAAAGGCAAGAGUAAAUUGUGGAUAUCCAGCAAUUUCCCCUGAGACAUGCAAAUCACGAGGAUGCUGCUUUGAUGACCAGAUCCCUGAAGUACCUUGGUGUUUCUACCCUCUUCCUGUAAAUGAAUGCCAUUAUUAAAACUACUGGCUCCAGAUAAUUAAUUUUCCCCAUUAGAUAUUCUGAGAAAAGAAGAAACAAAAGAACAUACUCAUCUCCCUAAAUUUCAUUUUCUGUAAUUACAAUAAUUUUAUGGUGUAUAAAUUAGAGGUUUCACCUUCUUAUUCUUUUCAAUGGUUGAGAACAUAACUUCUUCAAAUAAAAAGUUUUCUUAAUAUGUAUUAAA